AAAUAAUAAUAAUAAUUUUAUCCUUCUUCUUCGUUUCAUUCGAAAUUUGCUACGAUAAGCUAUGCAGUCCGUACCAUCACAAGCAAUACGCCCUCUAUCUCUUAACGCCUCACUCUCGUCUUAUCGUCUCCCAAUUUUCCACAAAUUCAGAAUCGAUUCCGCAAUCUACAGGAAAUCGCGAAAUAGUCCCUCGUUUUUGACGCUGCGAUGUUGUGAUGGUUCUUCCGGCGGCCCUGUGAUCGCCAAGCCUUCUUGGGAGCUUCGUUGGAACCGCGGUGUUCAAGAGCCGGACGAGAAGGUUGUCGCUCUUCGCCGGCUAUUUUCCAAGCCUGGAAUCGGUAUCGAUGCUUAUAUCAUUCCUUCUCAGGAUGCUCAUCAGAGUGAGUUCAUUGCUGAAUGUUACAAGAGGAGAGCCUAUAUAUCAGGCUUUACUGGCAGUGCAGGGACCGCUGUUGUCACAAAGGAUAAAACAGCUCUAUGGACUGAUGGUCGUUAUUUUCUGCAGGCGGAGAAGCAGUUGAGCUCGAGCUGGAUUCUCAUGCGCGCAGGUAGUCUUGGAGUCCCUACAACUAAUGAAUGGCUUAAUGAUGUUUUGGCUCCUGGUGGUAGAGUUGGCAUUGAUCCUUUUCUUUUUUCGCAUGAUGCUGCCGAAGAAUUGAAGGAAGCUAUAUCUAAGAAGAAACUUGAGUUGGUUUACUUGUACGAUUUAAAUCUCGUGGAUGAAAUAUGGAAGGAAUCAAGGCCGAAACCUCCAAACAAGCCAAUUAGAGUCCAUGAAAUGAAAUAUGCUGGUUUAGAUGUGGUGUGCAAGUUAUCUUCCCUGAGGGCUGAACUAGCUGGCACUGUUGCAUCUGCAAUCGUUAUAUCCAUGCUUGAUGAAGUUGCCUGGUUGCUGAACUUGAGAGGAAGUGAUGUCCCACAUUCACCUGUUAUGUAUGCCUACCUAAUUGUGGAGGCUGAAGGGGCAAAGUUAUUUGUAAAUGAGUCUAAACUCACCCCAGAAGUGAUGGAUCAUUUGAAGAAUGCAGGUGUAGAAUUAAGGCCGUAUGACUCGAUUCUUUCUGAUAUAAAGAGACUUGCAGCACAAGGUGCUCAUCUGUGGCUAGAUACAUCAUCUGUCAAUGCUGCUAUUGUGGAGACAUACAAGUCUGCUUUGGAUAAAUACCGUACAAAUCAUCGGGGUCGAGGCAAAAUAAACAAUAAGCAAUAUGAUGAAUCCAAUGGUCUCUCUUCUGGUCCUUCUGGAGUUUAUAUGAGGUCCCCAAUCUCCCUGGCAAAGGCCUUGAAAAAUCCUGCUGAAUUAGAAGGGAUGCAAAAUUGCCACUUGAGGGAUGCAGCAGCUCUGGCACGGUUUUGGUGCUGGCUGGAAGAGGAAAUUCAUAAGAAUGUGAAACUUACAGAGGUGGAUGUUGCGGACAAACUUCUUGAAUUCCGUUCGAAGGAAGACAGCUUCCUAGACACUAGCUUUGAUACAAUAAGUGGCUCAGGUGCAAAUGGUGCUGUUAUACACUACAGACCUGAACCAGAAAAUUGCAGUGUUGUGGAUCCAAAUAAAUUGUUCCUAUUGGAUAGUGGAGCUCAAUAUAUAGAUGGAACAACUGACAUAACGAGGACGGUACAUUUUGGUGAACCAACUGCCAGGGAAAAAGAAUGCUUCACCCGAGUUCUAAAGGGUCACAUUGCACUUGACCAGGCAGUAUUCCCCGAAAACACUCCAGGUUUUGUGUUGGAUGCAUUUGCUCGCUCUUCCCUCUGGAAGAUCGGACUUGAUUACCGCCAUGGCACGGGGCACGGCGUUGGAGCUGCAUUGAAUGUCCAUGAAGGUCCACAAAGUAUUAGCUAUAGAUAUGGAAAUACCACUCCCCUACUUAAAGGCAUGAUUGUUAGCAAUGAACCUGGUUAUUAUGAAGAUCAUGCCUUCGGCAUUCGGAUCGAGAAUCUCCUUUGUGUGCAAGAGAUUAAUACACCAAAUCGUUAUGGGGGAAUUGAAUAUCUCGGAUUCGAAAAACUAACAUUUUUCCCCAUUCAGACUAAGUUGGUCGACUUGUCAUUGGUGUCGAACGACGAGAUCGAAUGGCUCAACAAUUACCAUUCACACGUCUGGGAAAAGGUUUCGCCAUUGUUGGAAGGUCCGGCUCGACAAUGGCUCUGGAACAACACUCGAGCAAUUUACAAACAGUGAUUCCAACCCGGCAAGUUCCAAUUUGUUUCCAGAAAGUUUACUUCCAAGAUGAAUUCUGUUGGUUUUUGUUUACCUGUACUAAGAUAUGUUAUUGAUCGGUGAUUAUUUCAUAUUGUACAGAGCAUCAAAUUAUCA